GUUUCUUUGAGAUAAGUUGAUCUAGUAUAAAAGUAUUUAAAAUGAAAUUCAACGCGAGUGUUGCGCUGUUUGCAGUGUUUUUGUUCGGUGUUAUUGUGUCUUUGAAUAGUUCGCCCAUGGUACCAAGCGGUGGCGAAACAUCAGGGACAUCAGAAACAUCAAACUCCUUGCCCGUAGCUAUAAGAAACUAUAUAUUGAGUGUUUUGACCUACAAUAGACCAGGAGGAAUACCCAAGAAUGAAUAUAAAUCCAUAACAAAUCCUGAUUUUUUGACAAAUUUAGAUAGUCUAAAAGAUAAUAGUUUUAUAUCAGACUAUUCGAAAUUUCUAUUAGACCCAGAGUUUAUUGCACGGGUUACCGAGGCCCAAGACCAAAUUCUUCUUGGAUUAAAAAAUGGAAAUUCAGAAGACCAAGAUAAAAAAGCAUCGGAUGCUUUACUCGAUAUAACAAUAAAGAAAAUAAAUGAGAAGAAG